GAACAAAAAAAAUUUGCAUGGUCCCUCAAAGGGUUAUUGUUCCUCAACAAGUCAGCUACUGGUUGGCGCAAAACUGUUGUGUUGUUACUAUGGCAACGAAUUUCUAAAUAAGCACACGUUCGCCAUCUUGUCUUUUACAAAUCUCGUCCUGUAUGUAUGUUGUCUCUAUACGUUGUUGAUCUUUCAUCAAAGGUUGAAGUUGUGUUUUCGGAAAAAUAAUCCGCCUACAAUUUAUGCAGACCUUAUUUUGUGUUAAAAUUUUACUCCACUAAGCAGGCGGAGGGAAUUGAACCGAAAUCAAAUGGGCUGCGGAUCAUCACAACCGGUGGCAGCUGAGCAAAAUGCUGUCCGAAAUGGAGACGUUAAAAGAGAAUCACCUCCGCCGCAACCACUGCAGCAAAAUGAACAACAGAAUCAACAACAACAACAGGAGAUUCGACAAGAAAGCCCCCCGCUAAAGAGAAGGGACUCAGCCAAGUCUAAGAGCAGCGACAGCUCGAGCAGUAGCAGCAGGUCUAGCAGUGCUAAAUCAAAGAAGAGUCGCCCAGAAACUGCUCCAGGAGGGAACACGCCAGUUCAAGUCGAACCUGUUCCAAGCGAGCCUGUAAAAGCCGAUGUGCAAAAUACAGAAGCUCCUGAAUCGAACAACAACAAAGACAGCGAAGAACCAGCCGUCGAAGAAGUGGUAAAGGUAGAGGAAACUCCCGAUGAAACGACAACACAAGGUGCAGUCGUUGCUACUGAAGAUCAAGAACACGAAAAACCGAAUUUCAGCGAGGAUGUUCUUAAAGAAUUUGUGGAAGUGGAAAAUCAAGUAAAAGGCUUAGAGGAAAAGGGUGCCGAAAACGGCUAUCAAAUAAAACACGCCAGGCUAGUCGAAUUGCAUAAGAAUCUUGGCGAGUGCAAUGACAAAGUGCAAAAACUCAAAGCCCAAACUGCCAAAGAAUAUCAGGAUGUUGUAGACAUCAAUUCAGCAUACAAUUUACGAUCAUUCUUUGUUGGUCAAGAUCAGAUCGAUGCUGAAGUUGCAAAAGAGCAGCAAGAAUAUCUAGAUGCAUUGAAUAAACAGGAAAUUGCUGAGCAGGAACUUGAAAGCAUGAAACAACAGUACAAGAAACUGUAUGAUGAAGUUUUAAUUGCCAAGAAAGAUCAAGAAGAAUUGAACAACUUGCGGCUGAAAGAAGAAGAGCUGUUGGGUCGCAUAUUCAAUGAUUCGUAUGGUAGUGACAAGGAAUGGAAAUUGGAGAUGGAACUUGAUCUGUUGGGUCAAAGGAAAGAGAGAAUCAAUGCUGCACAUAUCCGUUGGCGAGCUGCCCAUGUCUACCUUGAUCAUGCCACAAGGCAGCUGAGCUGGAGUGCACGUCGCUGGGCUCAGAUUGCAACCCAUCGUGUGACAACUCUGGUGGUUAAAUAUCAAAUGGUUGCAGAAACUAGAAAUCACCUUAUUGCAGCAGCACAAAACAUCAGCAGUGCUCAUGGUAACCUGAAACCAGUAAAUGUUCCAUACUGCACUCAUGAGGACUUGCAGGCUUUACAGGCCACUAUUAACACAAUCUUCAAUGAUGUCAACAUACCGGCAAACUACCAGAAGUCUUAUUACAUAUUUGCAUCGAUGUUCUCCAAAAGUUCUCACCUUCUUCAAUGGGUGGAUCGUGUUGUGGCUGAGACCAUCUCCAAAGAUUUGGCAAAUGUGAAGCAAGAGUUUAAUGACAAAUAUUAUGAACUGAAGGAGGAGCGCAUGAAUUUGAUUAAAAGUAAGGUCAAGGAGAAACUUGGAGUUGAACUGGAGCUGGAUGUAAAGAGAGAUGAACUUGCAGCAGACGACAAUCCCUCUGCAGCGGAAGCAGAUAUUGCCAAACCUGGAGAAGUUGCCAAGGAAGAAGGUGAUGACCAAGCCCCAGAACCAGAAGAUAAAGAAGGGGUACCGACAGAAGCUCCACCCUCUGGAGAUGUGGAGGCCCCUCCUGAGGGAGAGCAGCCCCCUGGUGAGGCAGAAGCUGGAGCCGAUACUGCUGCUGCCCCCAAACCGGCAGCUUUGUCUGAACUUGCCCCUCCUCCUUCACAAGAAGAUCUGUUUGGUAACAUUGAUCAACUCAAGAAACAACAUGAAGAGGAACUGGCAGAGUUUGAAAAGGCGCAAGAAUUGAAUAAGGCCCGUGUGGAUCAAGGAUUGCAGGAGAAGCUGAGAGCUCGAAGAAGCAGGAGGCGGAAGAUACAGGCACAAGAAGCUGAGGCUAAUGCACUAUCAGGAGGAGAAAGUAAUAAUGAGCCCCCACCCCCCUCAGAAAUGGGAUUAUAAGCAAUGUUUACUUAAGUCAUGCACAAUAACAGCCUUUCAGCCAACCAAAUUGACAAACAGAUUCAAUUUACUCAAGCAUCGUGUUGAUCUUGGAAACUAAGUGUUUUGCUUUUGCUUUUGCUUUUGUUAUUCCUAAAAGUGACAAGAGACUUCAUCAUUCAUGGUCAUUAUAUUUGAAAUCCAGUUAAUCGUAGCCGCUGAUGUUUUUAAGGAUUUUUUUGAAAAUUAAACAUAUCACGUGGUCUACAUGUAUGUGGUUUUGAUGUUGGCCGUGCAAAUUUUCUGCGACCGUCCAGUUGACUCAGGUUUGGUUACCGAUUAUUGUGAUAGCUGACUCGUCAAUACCUGAAGUACAUGUACCGUAGUUUUUCUGAAAAACAGUUUUUUACUGUCUUUUUAUUUCCAAAAAUAUUUUUAUCAAUAUCGAGACUGAUUUUAUCCCAAUAUAUUCUGCCUGUUCACCUAAGCUUGGACUUCACACAGAAGCUCAUAAGCACGUUUUGUUCGCAUGCUACCCUGAUCCUACAAUCUUGUAAAUUCGUUUCAAGAUAACGGUACUUUAAGUGAGACUUGAAGGUUAACAUGAGAAAUUUCAUGUGUACAGUAUAAUCCUGUCUAAACAACGGGAAAGGAAAUUUAUGGCGUUUGAUUAUUUUUUCCCUCAUUUUGUCUCGGCAAGUUAGAGUUUAUCAAAGUUAUUCUAUAGCAAGAGGAAGAAAACUUUAUUUUUUAUGGAAAGAGAUCGAUGUUGCCGUAAAUUAUCCAGUUAAUUUUGGGACGUUCUCAUUUGACUUACGAGUGAAAUGUCAUAUUUGUAUACGAGUCUUAAAAUCAUAACUAAGUCCCGUUGACUGCAUUGUUUGCAAUGGUGCAGUGUUAAGGCUACUUAUGUGUGACGGUGUGUUAAUUUAAUAUCACCAUAAUCUUGUAAAUAAUCACUACUAGUAUUUAUUGCGAUAGACUUUGUAAAAUAGAUUUUACGCGUAGCCAUUUCCUGUUGUUUAUAAUAUUUGGCUUUAGUUUUUACAACACAAGUGAAUAGUGCUUUUUACGUCAUCUGAUUAGUUAACUCGGAGGCGAUAAGCAAAGUACCAUUCACCAACACUUUGUGGAUAAUUGUUAGUUAUGUAUUUAUACAAAAGGCGUGUCGCGUACAGACGCCACUAACGCUUUAGGCGUCUUAAAGUCGUCUAGUGUGGAAACGGGGUGCAGAAAUUUAAAGGGCGAUAAGAGAGUAUCAACGGUAAAAAACUUGUUAUCCCCAUCUAGGUCUUACUCCCAAGGUAUUCUCUCUCAAGUUCCUGUCAGACAUUGUACCCAGUUCUUCCGGGGAAAUGUUGCGUGCGUUGCGUGAAUCUUUCCGUGGGAGAUGAAAAUGCCAUAAAGCCGCUUGAGUUACCCAUGUGUACAGAAUCCGCAUCAGAAUCCGAUUCCGGGGGUGAUCACAAAAAUAACAUAAGAGGGAUUGUCUUGGGAAAAAAUACACAAAGCUUCACUUUACUUUGUACGAAACGAGUCUGAAUUCUAGAUUCUGGGGAGACUUAGGGGUGCCGGCCAAGCAAUGGCCGGUCUAUUAAUGCGUUCCGCUUUUACACUAGAUGUCUAGAUCAUCUGAGACGACGUGCUCGUCUGUUAAGUACGUCGUUUGACGUUAUGCAUUAUGUGGUUGCCAAACUCCAGACUUAUUUCUCUGUUCGUCGCCGACUCGUGCGCUGAACAGCUCUGUUGUACUCUUGCCGUGAUUUUCGUACGUGUUAAUAUGCAAGGUGUUGUAAGUAAAUAACAUUCAUACACUCACGAGAAUGUAGAAUUUUAUGUUGAGAUAUCAUUGUAAAGUAUGUGCAAUACAGUUGUGAAAAAAUGGUUUA